CACCAUGUCCUCCCCUGAGAUCGCCUCCCUGUCCUGGGGCCACAUGAAGGUCCAGGGAUGCUCCUCCAGCUACAAGGACUGUAAGGUUUGGCCUGGAGGCAGUCGGGCCUGGGACUGGAGAGAGACUGGGACUGAUCAUCACCCAGGAGUCCAACCCGCCGACCUGGAGGAGGUGCUGAAGAAGGGGGUGGAGCUGCUGGUGAUUGGCAGAGGCAUGAGUGAGGCUCUGCAGGUUCCCUCCACCACUGUGGACUAUGUGAAGCAGAAGGGUGUGGAAAUCCGAGUCUUGCAGACUGAGAAAGCUGUUGCUGAGUACAACAAACUGGUUGGUGAAGGUGCCAAGGUGGGUGGAGUCUUCCACUCCACCUGCUGAUGCUGCAAACAUCUGCUUGGCUGCAGACUGAGCUCCGCUUUCCUCAGCAUCAUGUUGACCUGAGCCGGUUCAGCGGAGGCUCCAGAGGAAACAGAUCUGUGAACUCGACUCUGCAUGUAUUUCCACAGGGUGAUCCUAUUGGUCAUAUUUUUACAACUGCUGUGUAAUCUGAAAUACAAUAAAUUAAACCGACGGCAAGUAAAAAAGAA